CGUCGUUCUACUCCCAAAUGUAGACAUAGCCGGAGAAUAAGCUAUAAAUUUUAACGAAUUUUAGGUUAUUAUUUAUUUGUUAAAAUGUUUAUUCAGUGCGUUUUGUUUUUAUUUGUUUUUGGAUCACUUAACGCUGAUUAUUUUAGAAGUACUUGCUCAAUACCGAGACUCGACCACGGGCGAGUUAAAAUACGACAACGUGCGAGGCUCGUUCAGUUCAUUUGCCUCCAAAACUAUGAACUAAUUGGCAAUAAGUACGCAACGUGUAGGGAUGGAGAGUGGGACGUACCUAUCCCUGUGUGUAUACGACCUGGUUGUACAGUGCCUAGCAUAGAAAAUGGACUGCAUAUGUCAAACUUUGAUGAUGCCUGGGUCAUAUAUUUUUGCCUACCCGGUCAUAAACUCGAGGGAUCGUCAGUUAUCUACUGUGAUGGGAGGAGGUGGAAUGCAACAGCCCCUACUUGUGUUGAUUCCACAACUGUAAGCGCACUGAGCUGUGACUUUGAAACUCCUGAUAUUUGCGGUUGGACGCAAAGUGAGCUACAUGACUUUGAUUGGAGGAGAUUAAAUAUGAAGACGCCUAGUUCUUUCCUGAUGACCGGACCUUCGUAUGAUCAUACUUAUGGACAAGGAGGAUCAGGAUACUAUAUGUAUAUCGAGAGCACGUCUAGAUUAGAAAAUGAUACAGCGCGUCUCGUAUCACCAGUAUAUGAAAGCGCUCUUUCUAAAAAUUCCUGCUUUUCAUUCUUCUACCAUAUGUACGGGAACUCUAGUGGUGGUCUUCGAGUUUACCAAAAACCAGACGUUCUUUCACUUCAAACGUUAAUUAGCAUUAAGUCAGAUGAAAACAAAUAUAUUCUUUUCGAAAAGUGGGGAAAUUUGGGAAAUUUCUGGUUCAGCGCUGUCGUUCCUUUAACGGAAUUGGAAACAAAUUUUCAGAUCGUAAUCGAAGGCAUACGAGGUUCCAGCUUCACGAGCGACAUCGCGAUAGAUGACGUAGCGAUACUUAAAGGGGAGAACUGUACUAUUGCUAAGAUGGCGGCCACAACUCCGCCUUCUUUUAGAAGUGAUUCUUGCGAAAACCGGUGUUUUUUGAAUGACACAUUCCAUGCCGUGGGUUGUGGCUGUACCUUCGAUUGUGUCAUGGAAGAUAACUGCUGCUUGGACUUUUUGGAAACCUGUGUAUUCCAGCUAACACCAAUAUCUGAUGACAUGGCGACAGAUUCAAGGGAUGCUCCACCACAGACUCAGAAACUGAUUGCAGCUAUAACAGAAACUACCUCAACUUCAACUAGUACGUCAUCUACUACAACAUCAACUACUACAACUACACCUAGACCUACAACUACUUCUACAACUACUUCCACAACUUCCACAACAACGCCAAGAAUUACUACUGCUAAAACGGAGAGGACAACGAGAAGACCAACAACUAGAAGAAUAAUAACUACCAAACCAACUACGAAAACUACUACCAGGUUGACGACAGGAAAGCCGAAUGUUAAAAGUACUACAUCAAAAAAGAUAACAAUUAAACUUCCUACUACAACUACUUCAACGACCACAACCGUUAAGCCACCAACUACAAGUUCGGUAAUUGAAAACACGACGUUGGUAUUAUCGAAAACAACGGAAGGCACCGUACCUGUAUUUGUUGAAAAAGAAAAGAAGAAAACUGUCAUCGAAUCGAGAAAAUUCGAACACGUACAAUUGAAAGAAGAAGCACACAGCUCAAAUGCAUGGAAAGUGAUAUUAAUAUUAGUGUUUGUGAUCGCAUUCGUGGCUACGGUGUCGUGGACGGUGGUCGUGCGUUCGGCGCGCGGACGAGUCGCUCUCGCCAAGUUCCGGGGACACGUGCACGCGAACGACCCGGAAGUGCGAUAUCUAUCUACAGAUGUAGAUGAUGAUUAAUAUAUUAAAUAAGGUUUUAAUUAA